AUGGAAAACUUUACUUUAAGUCUCAUCAUUAAUGACUCCAAGGAAACCUUUGCUACGACAGACGUACCCUGCUUCACUUUUACGAACCAUCUCAUUUUGAAGGUGUUCAUGGUCUUUGCCUACGUUCUUGUGAUCGGCACUUCCAUCAUAGGUAAUACUUUACUGGCAUUUAUCUACUUCAAGAGCAAAAAUGUGAAGACCACAAUCAACUGCUGCAUCAUGAACAUGGUUCUCGCGGACCUUCUUGUUUCCUUAGUCUACAUGCCGAGGAUGGUCGCUCGGAUUCUCGUCAGCCUUGAAUGGUUGGUGGAGGGCACUCUAGGACUUUUUCUUUGUGUACUUGUGUCUUUGUCCCAAGAAAUCUCAAUAUGCGUAUCAAUUCUAACAGUUGUUCUCAUCGCCUUUGAGAGAUUCCUAGCUGUAACGUUCCCAUUACGAGUUUUUAUAUCAAAGAAGCUCUCCAUAUGCUUGCUGUGUGGUACUUGGCUGCUGUCACUAGCUGCGCGAUCCCCAAUGCUCUACGGCGUCAAAACGAUUCGAUUUCAGUCCGGUGAGUUAGGCUGCUUUUGGAUCGGCUCUCUCAGCUUCCAAACGAAGCAAUCAAGAAGGUCGUACCAGGAGUCUAUGCUAGUUAUAUUCUAUGGUCUGCCUCUGCUUAUCAUAAUCACAAUAUACACUGUGAUUGCGGUCUUCUUAAGACGUCGUCAUGCCCUGAUUGACAACGUCACAAGAGAUUGCGUAUUAGCUACGACUAGAAAGGUGAAUAAAAUGAUCCUGGCCGUAAUAACAGCUUUCCUUCUAUGCUGGUUGCUGUAUUUCCUCGUCAUACCGUUACAGGAGUUUUGGAAUGUGGUUAUCCCCUGUGAGGUUCAUUUCUUGCGGUUUUACCUUGGGCACUUGAACAGUGCAUGCAACCCGAUCAUAUGUUUUGCGUUUAGUGAGAAUUUUCGAAGAGCUGUUCAGAUAAAAUGGCGAGAACUGAAAAUUGAAAGGUCAAGAAUUAUCAGGCUUGCACAUGCACCGUCGAAAAGAGACCGUUCACGAUCUAACAUUGAGUUGCUCAGUGUAAGAUCCUUGGGAAGUUAGGAAGGUAUACCACUCCUAAAAGAAAUACUUCACUCGAGUUUCAUUUCCUUUAGCCAUUGUUGGAGGAUCAAUUGCAAGCUGAAAGGGUUAUAUGGUUAUUGAUCUUCAGUUUUUCUUGUAAUUUCUCUAAUUUGUUUCCACAUUUUUUGUUUGUUUGUUUGUUCUUUUUAUUUUCAUUAACUGCGUUUCCAUGAAAACACAAACAAACACAAAAAAUAACGAGGCUCAGAUGCGGUCAUUUGAACCGACAAAGCUCAGUGAUAAAUGAUUCCUUAACUGGCUAAGAGAUUCCACCAAGAAUUUCAACGCAAAACUGUCAUGGAUUUCUCAUUUUAUGUCUUUAUAAUUCUCUAAAGGUGUUCAGCGACUCCAUUUCCGUGAAAACUGCCGUUCUGGAGAACAUUUUUCCUUCGUAACAAAAAGAAGUUAUGAAGUAUGUAAAUAGGCCACACCUUUCUCUUCCUUUUUUUCCUCUCUUAACAGGAUCAAAGUGUUCAAAGAUCUUGAUGGCCAAUCUUAUACAAAAAAAUGGGAGAAUUUAA